UGUUGCGAGUUGGUUAACAGGUUGUUGAGAGAAAAUGGAGCCCUUACAAAUAUUUGAGAACUUUAAAUUAGAGGACUUAGAUCCAGGAUGGAUCCAAUCGGUCUGGGACGGAGACUUCCUGAGGUUCGAGGAAAUCCCCGGUGACUACCUGAUGUACGUACACAGCGAAGACAUGGGUGAACUACUAAAGCAAUCGUAUGUCAUAGUCAAGAAAGAAAUGUCAGAAGCCAUCGGUUCCAGCGAGAAGGAAAAACAGGAACCAAGGUUUUCCUGGCAAGAUCUUUUAAUGGUAAACGUCGACAUAAGGAGUUUACUUCCUGUUAUAGGAUACAUCUUGAAGAGUGGUCAAAAUAUCAGGGCAGAUGAGGAUUCUCGGCAGAAUUGUCUAAAGGCAACCAGCCUGUACUUUGUACUAUUGACCGUUCCAGGGAGCAAUGCCUGUAACGUGUUUCAUCCAAAUUUGUACCAGAGAGCAUUAGGAAGUUUGAAAUUGUUCGACAUGUUGUUUGAGAGAAAACUCGAUAAAUCUUUUAGCUUGGAUGAUUUUUCCGAGGACGAAGACGAGCACAUGGAGGUCAGUCUUCCUCAGACCGAGAAAAUAACGCUUAUCCGAGGUUUAAACGGUGUAAUGUAUGAUUUAAUUUUAAUGUUGAAAUCUUUCUGCAUGCGAGAUCAAGUUCGUUCUUUAGAAAUUACGGUUCAGACUCUGUUAGAAAUUGCUAAACUCGAGACAAACAAAAAUCAUUUGGAGUCGGAAUUCAACGGUACAGAGGCUUCAAUCUCUUCUUUGUCGUAUAAUGCCUAUGCCGCACUCGAAGAGUUGUGCAAUUCUAAACAUGGACCUGUUAAAGAUACCACCAGACUGAUAGCGAAAUAUGUACUGCCUUAUCUCCUAUCUAGUUACACGGAGUUACCGUAUAAAGCAAUCAACGUCGUUCGAGAAACUAUGAUACAUUUUAUGAGGAAUCUGCAUUUCGCUCAUGAGAAGCAUGCAAGGCUCGGUCUGGUGACGCUGAUACAGCAUUUAAUGAUCCAAUGUCCAGAAAGAUCGGACCCUAGACAGAAACAGGCAGCGACUAUUGUUAAGCUAAUUAACUGUUGCAGAAAAAGCAUGCUGUGCGAAGGUAUGGAAAACCUAAUACUUUUGGCCCACCAGAAAAAAGUAACUUUUAGAAUAUUUGCUCAGGAGAUAAUUUUCAAAUUUUUAACGGAGAGGUUGCAAGACCGUGACGACUUGACAGAAGUUUCAGAGGCACUGAGAAUGAAGUUAAGAAAGAUAUUAAUCGCAACUGCUUUAAGUCGCUGCGUGGAUAUAUCGAGUAUGGUUCGUGGAAGAGCCAUGGCCACUAUCGCUGAGUAUAGUAAUUCUUCCGAUAAUACAGGCAUCAUGACGAUGGAAGACAUAUUCAAGACAUCCGAUCAAGAGGCUCCACUGCCACUUUUGGAACAAUUAAGAUGCGCCAUUUUUAAAGACGUCAAUCCACUUCCUGGCUCAAACACGAUUAUUUCUAUGCUGAUGUCACGAGUGGAAGACGAACGAGCACUGGUACGGCGUAGUGCCAUACAGAUCCUUCGAAACUUGUCUGGUUCGAUCCCAGGAAUUCUCGACAGGACGAUUUUUAUAACAGGCUCGCAUUGUAGGGACCCGUCACUAGCUGUGAGAGUGUUCGCUAUUCAGACAUUGACGCAGCUACUCAAGCAAUUCCCUGGACAUCGCAAACUCCCAGAAGAGUGGGUACGCUCUGUUGUGCCCCAGAUUUUUGACAUCGAAGUGAAAGUGCAGGAGAAGGUCCUGGAGUCUCUGGAAUCUCUGGUGUUGAACAAAAUUCGACACGUCUCAAAGAGUAAUAGAAGGAAAGAUGACGUUAUGAACAACUUGCCCUGGAAGAUUAUUCGCCAACUCACUCGCAUGAAGAUGAGAAAGCAUUUGUCGAAAGCAUGCAACAUCUGGAUGCAGCAAAAUAAUAUCGCAGACUCUGUCAUCCUCGAUAUACAGUCCCAUUUCGGGACACAGAACGACGUGUCUGCCUGGGUCCUUCUAGCGGCUCUGUCGGAAAACAAAAAAAUUCCAGUGAAGAAAGAACAUUUCUCCAACUAUGAGAAAUUGAUGCAAGGCGACAGCUUCGUGACGUGCCUGACUCUGGAGGUUCUCAGGAACUCGUGGUCGUCUCUAGACGACGAGUUUCUGGAGAAACUUUACUCUCACAUGUGGGACUGCCUCAUAAAAUUUACAGUUAGUUUCCAGUUGAUCAGUCUGUCAUUGGACAUUCUGAACGGAGUGAUUCGCCACCUUCAUCCUGAGAACGGAGAAGAGAUGGUGCAAGGGAGAGCGAUGGAGCUCAUGAAGUGUUCGGAGGCUCACCUUGAGAAAAUAUUCAGUGCACAGGAACAGACCGAAGAGUUAGGUAGUGUUUAUUUAAAAGCUCUGUGCACUCUUGGCCAUUCUUCGACUCUGGGUACUGGCUCGAUCUCUACUUUGACACUUACUAUUCUUCAAGGAUUGCUAUUGGAGUGGGAUUCUUUGCCAGAGGCUAUAAAACGUGUCAAAGAAUUGCAAGCAGCUGCCGUGGCUCUAUUAGGCCAACAAGCAAUGCGAGACUUUGAGAUUGCAAAGGAGAUUGUGCCGAUACUGGGCCAACUUAUGAGGAAUUCCACCAAUGGCAGCUCAAAGACAGAGCCUGCCAUUAAAGUGAACGCUGCGAAGGCUUUAGCGGAUCUCUGUGUCAGGUUUACAGCUCUCGUCGAGCCUUACCUACCGGAUAUGUGUAUCUGCAUGAAAGACGCCAACCCUGUGGUACGAGAAACAAUUGUGAUCCUCUUCAUUCAGCUUUUACUGGAAGAUUUUAUUAAAGUUAAGGGACCUUUUUUCUUUCACAUCCUAACCAUGCUCUCCGACACCGAUGAGACUAUCCGAGAGCUAACCAUCUUCCUGGUCCGGGAGAGACUCCUUGCGAAGAACAAAACCCUGGUGUCGCAACAGUUCAUCGAGAGUUUAUUUCAUUACAACAAUUAUCGCCCACAGGGACUGUUUAACAACAGACGCAUUACUGACCGGGAGAGACAUGUGCUUACCCUCUCAGGACAGAAGAACCAAACCAAACGAUGGAAGAUCUAUGACUUCAUGUUGGAACAUCUCGAUCCAGAGCAGAAAUUUAAUUUGAUCGCAAAGCUUAGUUAUGAAAUCCUUGGGGGAACUCUAACUAGUGUUAUCAAUGUCAGAGUGAAAGGUGGAGAGUGUGUUUUCAAGGAUGCGCUGUAUAUCCUUGCCAGCGAACAUUUACAGCUGUCUUCUUUUAACAAGCACAGUGAAGACGAGGCGUUAGAGGAGCCUGCAAGUUUGACGUCCACGAACUCAGGAGUCUCACUUGUCGUUAAUAAAAUCAAGGAUCAUGGGCUGAAGAACUUGUUACCGAUUCUGGUGAAGCUGAAGAAAAAGCUUGCCAAGUUUGACACUCCACUACUAGCAGACGUCAGAAGAUAUCUGGUCAAAGUUGCUUUGGAUUACAAUAAAGAGCAACUGGGUCAUCUCUUCGUCAAGUAUCCCAACUUGGAGAAGGAAAUUGCCAAUGAUACAAAAAAAUACGGAAAGAAAAUGCGGCUCAACGAGGAGGCUUUGGAUGGCGAGGAGAAUUCGAUUACUGCCAGGGACUCGCCGUCAAGAAACAGUGCUAGUCCUUCGGUGAUUAAUAUUGACAAAACCUGCAAAAUUGUGCUUCGCAGGCUCUCCUCUCUGACUUAUCCAGGGAUAUCGGAGUGGAGAAGUCCUUCUCGGUCAUCGCUGUGCAGCGAACGAUCCUGUCAACCAGGACCUUCCGGGUUUCAAAGAUUCCUGGCAACUCCGAGUCCCUGUCAACCAGGGCCUAGCCACAGCACACCGAAGUCUGGCACGGAGGCAGACCGUUUCAUGUCAUCACUGCACAGUCCUAUUUUCAUGCAGGAUCAAAGAGCUUCCGAAAGCUGCGAAGAGGAAGACUGCGAAGAGAUGCCUGCGCUACAGAUUACACCAGAAUCGUCAGGGGAAUCCGGCGACGCUAGUACUAUUGUAGAAAGAACAACUUUAGAGGUGGCGAAGCAAGUUUCGACGCAAUGACAGCUAGCGGUGUUAAACCCUUGCAACACUAAACUGCUGGUAUCGAGACGUCACUUGUGAUCCCAUUCGUUUGAAUAAUUAUUAACGGUGUAGUUAGAUCGACAGAAACAACGGGCAUGAUUGAUAGUUACUCAGAAAGUGAAAUGACAAGUGCGGUUUAGUGCCAUCGGUUGCGU